AUGCGAGGCUACGGUGCUAAUGAAUCAUGCUAUUCACGUCCUCGAAGAGAUUCCAUGCCUAUAAAUCAGCAAAUGUCUCUGAACAACUUUAUACAAUCCACAAGCUUGAUUUUAAAAAACGUGAAUGGAUAUAAUCUCAACGCUGACCAAGAAAAAUGGGUUCGUUGGAUUAAACAAUGGACCCUGCCAAAUCUUCCAAAAGACAAUCCCAAUGCGACUCCUCUUCAAAUGGUAGCACGUGUGACCUGGUGGGCUUUGCGUGAAGGCGUCCUCGAUGAAAAGAACCCUUUUUCAUAUUCUAAUUGUGAAUACUCUAGUGGUCAAAAGAUAAUUGGCCCUUUAGAAGUUUGUCCACAAUGGAAAUCGUAUCGAGCGUGGCAAGUCGGCAUUGCCGCCGUUCAAGUCCAAAAUCCUAGCGACACUGAAGUCGAAAACAUGUCAAUUAAAGCUUAUAAACCUAUCAUUGGCAAUAAAGUAACUAUUAAAGAUGUUCUUUGUCGCGCUGCAGAUCAGGCCGGUUACAAAGCCGGAACAUCAGAAUAUAACACUAUAUGCAAUUCUUCUGGUAACUUACGAAAAUCAUGGUUGUUACGUUCGCAUCUAGUCGGAUUUUGGUUUGCCGAAAUUGAAGUCCGUACAGAGUGUCUUAUUAGUUCGGUAAAAAGUUGGUGCAUUUCAGCGGAUUAUACUGCUGCAAAACAAUUUGCUAGUAAUAAAUCAGCCAUUGACAAGUCGAUCGCCGAUCUAACCACUUAUUUUAAGUCGAGUUCGCUUUAG